AUGAAGAAGAUCUUUAAGGUUAAGCAAAAGACACCGUUGGGUUUCUGCGAUAGCCCACAAACAACUGUCUCUGAGUUUUUCUUCGGUGACUGCCCAAACUAUCCGAAAUACCAUACAUCAUACAGACCGGUGGGGCAGAUCCACCGGGUUGCAGCUGAGGGCGAUGCAGCCCAGAUGGAGAUUCUCAUCACUCUUGGACAGUGCAGCGUGUACGACAGAGACCGCAAGAACAGGACAGCUUUGCAUUUUGCCUGUGUGUAUGGCCGCCUACCAGUGGUUACCGUUCUAGUGAACAAUAAUUGUGAGAUUGAUGCUGUCGACAAGAACCUCGUCACACCUCUGAUGAAGUCUGUCCAGUGCUGGAAGCAGAAAUGUGCAGCUGUCCUCCUAGAGCACGGCGCUAAUCUGAACGCUGUCGACAGCAGUGGGAACUGCGCCUUACACUACGCUGUGUACAACGGGCAUGAAGAGAUGGUGGCACUGCUGCUUGACUACCACGCUGAUAUCGAACAGAAAACCAAGGAUGGCUUCACACCACUUCUGCUGGCACUCAGAGAAAAGAGGGUAGAAGUGGCAGAAUGUUUAGUGAAAAGGGGAGCAGAUAUACAUGUGGUAGAUGAUCUGAAAAGAAGCACCUUGAUAUAUGCUGUAAGAUGUGGGUCUAAAUACAUAGCCACAUUACUCCUUCAGAAAGGUAUUGACUUCUUCUACAAGGAUGUCUUUGGGUGGACAGCAUUACGCUACGCUAUCGAAGGCCACUGUACUUUCAGAAGGGUACUUUUGGAUUUUGAAGAAAAACUAUACAGUAAUAAAAAAGAUAAUGAAGCAGUAGAACAAACAUGUUCUGGAAAUGACUCCUCAUUAGCCAGGCCUAGGCCUGAGUGCAGGAGUCCUCGGCCUGAGACUCCCUUGCCUACGAUGAAGGAAGACAAGCACAACUGUGACUCCCAGAAUAUCUCGGAGAGUGUGUCUCCUACCUACGCUGGCCAUUCAUUGGUGGCUGCAGACAAAACAUUUGAAAGCAGAGGAAAAGAAACAGUGGAAGCACUGGUUGAGAAAGAUCUGUCUUUAAAGUCUUCCUCUGAAGUAAGAGAAGCUGUCGCAGAUGAAGCAGUAGAGAGGACAGAGCUGCUGUCACCCUUUCCAGAGUUAGAAUUGAUGUCUGUAGAAGAUGUGUCUGAUGAAAGUGAAGACGUUCAGCCAUUGAGCAUCCUGGAGCAUAUUCCACAGACAAAUGUUAGUCAUUUACCUGGUGCAGGAUAUCAAAUGGAAAAAAAUAACAUAAGUGGACAAAUGAAAGAGUCUGAAGAGGAGCAUGCUCAGUUGAUGACUCCUACUGAAAUGAAAGACUCUGUUUUCAAAGAAGCGUGGGCAACAAACAGUGAACCCACCAUCGAAGCAGGGCCAGAAUUAGAAGUGACAUCAGAUGAAGAUUACAGGAGAUUUGAUGACAGGAGAGAUAUCCAGUCACUGAGAAUCUACGAGGAUCUUCCAAUAUCUGGCAAUGUAUCUGUCUCAGCAAACCCCAAAAGAGAAAAGACAAACAGACAGGCAACAGAAUCUGCAAAGGAAUAUCCACGGUUGAUGCCUACCCACGAAAAGAAGCAUUCUGUUCCAGACAAAGCAGUAGUGAUGGAGGAAGCACGGAUAGCACAACUGGGGGAACCAGAUGUAAACUUGACAUCAGAGGAAGAAGCAAAUAGUCAAGAUGGCUUUGAAAAGAAUUCACCACUGAAUAUUUUUCAACAAAUCCAAACACAGGAUGUUGAGUAUUUAUCAAUGGCUGAAUAUCAAAGAGGAGAAAAUAUGGUGGCAUGUCAGGAAAAAGAGUUUUCUAAGGAAUGUCCUCAAUCAAAGCUUACUACUGUAGAGGAAAAGCCUGUUUCAAAGGAGGCCUGGGAUAUGAUUCCUAUGAAAUCAUUUUUGGAAGGUACACCUAAAGACUGUCCUCUAUCAAAGCCUACAGUUGAGAAAAAUAAUUCUGUUCCAAUUGAAGUCCCUGACAUAAAGCAUGGGAAAUGGCUCCAAAAAAACUGUCCUAAAGAAUAUGUUCACUUGAAGCUUCCCAUUAAAGAGAGACUUUCCUUUAUGAGUGAAGCACCAGCAACAAAGCAAGUAAAAUCAUACUGUUCAGCAGAAUCAACUGAACAAAUGACAUCAGAGGAAGAGCAGAAAUGUCACGAUGACCGCAGAAAAAAUCAGACAGUGCAGGGUACCUUCAAACAGCUUCAACCAAAGGACCCUGAAUAUUUAUCCAUGGCUAGUGACGAAAGUACAGAAAAUUCUUUGGAAGGCCAAGAGGAAGAUUCCCCUGAACAACAUCUCCAAUGGAAGCCCAUUCAGCCUCUAACUGAAAAAGAUUCUGCUCCAGACAAGCUAUCAGCAAUGAAGCAUGUGAAAUCUUUCCUCACAGUUUUUAAAACUAAUUAUAUUACAACCGAACCAGCUGUAAAAGUAUCCAAAGGAGAACAAGAAUGCUGUGGCGGCAGAAAUAUGCAAAGACAGGCCAUUGGUAAUUUAUUUCUGCCUGAAGACCAAAGAUAUGAAAACACAAUACCAGAUGAGGAGAAAGACUCUCCUGAAGAAUAUUCUCAAUUGAAGCCUUUGGAUAUAAGGAAGACUCCCCUUCCAUGUGAAGUACCAGCAAUGAAAGAAGUAAAGUCAUUUGGCACAGAACCAAAUGCAAACUUAUCAUCAGAGGAAGAGCAAGAAUGGCCUAGUGACAGCGAAGAGGAACAUCUAAAGGCCAGCAUCGAAAAGCAAGAUUUUGUACUAACUGAAGAUGCAACAAUGAAUCAGGAAAAAUCAUCCAUGACAGGAGUCAAAACUGUACAACCAAGGUCAGAGGAGGAACAGACAGGAUGGUAUGGCAGUGACAAAAGGCAGCGUAAGCAGCCUAUUUUUGAGAGACUUCAACUCAGGAGGAAUGCUCUAGUAUCAGUAGAUCCCAAAGAAAGUGUAAGAAAUACGAGAGCUGUUGAAGAGAGAGGAGCUGCAAGAGUACAACCGAGGCCGCAGGAGGCACAGAUUGGAUGGUUUGGCAGUGACAGGAAGCAGUGGAAGGCCAUCUUUGAGCGAUUUCAAUCGAGGUGCAGUGCUCGAGUAUUUAUGGAUCCUGAAAAAAGUAGAGAAAAUACAGGAGCCGCUCAAGAGAGAGGAGCUGCAACAGUACAACCGAGGCUGGAGAAGACACAGAUGGGACGGUUUGGCAGUGGCAGAAAGCAACGGAAGCCCGUCUUUGAGCAAUUUCGACCAAGGUGGAGUGCUGGAAUGUCUAUGGAUCCUGAAGAAAGUGGAGAAAACACAAGAGCCACUGAAAGGAAAGGAGCCACAACAGUACAACUGAAACCAGAGGAGGAACAGAUGAGAUGGGCUGGCAGUGGCAAGAAGCAACGGAAGCCCAUCUUCGAGCGGCAGAAGUGGAGUGCUCGAGUGUCUGUGGGUCCUGAGGAAAGAAGAGAAAGCACAGGAGCUGCUAAAGAGAAAGAAGAAUCCACUAUGCAACUUGCGUCAAAAGAACGAACAGGAUGUCCUGGCCGUGAGAGGAAGCCACAAUUGCAUAUCCUGGAGCAACUUCAACGAAAGUGGAGUGUUCGAGUAUGUGCGGAGGCAAAACAAGGAGGAGCCAAACGCAAAGCUACUCAGAUGACGUACUCUCCUGAUAAACAUCCUGAACUGAAGACUGCCAUUGAAAAGCAAGACUCAGUACCAGUUGGGGACCUGAUAAUAAAGCAUGAAAUAUCAUCAAUGGCAGGAGAAGACUUACAAAUGAAAUCAAAGGAAAAGCAGCAAAGUCAUGCCUAUGAAAAUAUUCAGUCAGUUAAUACAUUUAAACGUCUUCAUCCAGAGUUUGGUGAUCAUUUAUCCAUGACCGUGGGACAAAGAAGCAAAAAUAUUAUAAGAGAAGAAGAAGCAACGUCAGACUUAGAAGUGUACUCAAUGGAUGAGCAGAACAGGUGUUACAGCAGUGAGAGUAAUCAGUCAUCGCCUGCUGUUGGUGCUGCUGCUGCUGCUGCAUCAGUUGCUGAGUCUGCAAUGGAUGAACUGGUUCUACAGAGAAAAUAUGGCAAAAUUAAUAACCAGAGAUUUCUUAUGAAGGAGAGUGAAAAGCAUGCUAGGCUUCGAAAGAAAACAUCUAAGGAAAAACAUAAGGUAACAAAAGAAGUUAGAGAUACGGUUGGUGUAACUCCAUCAUCUGAACCAAUCUCAGGGGAUGAUUCUGGAAGCUCAUUGAAAAUGCAUGACUCACUUAAUUCAUAUAAUGCAUUAGUAGAUCUUAAAAAGAUGAGUGAACUACUUAGGGAAAAAUAUAAAACAAUGGGAAAUGAGAAUAGUGUUCUACAGAAGGAGAUAUCAGAAAUAAAAGAGAAGAAAGCAAAGUUAGAGGAUGAAACAGUGAAACAAGUUGCAGAAUUCUGGAACCUGAGGUCUACUUUAACUAAAGAACUCGCGGAGACAAGACGUGUUCGUUGCUUUUAUAAAACUAUUAGGAAACAUUUAAGUGAAAAAGAAAAACAAUCCGAUGAAAGAACCACAGUGGUUCAGCUUCCGAUGCGUCUGCAAGCAGGAGACAGGGUUGUGAGUAAUGCGAGAGACGCCUUGAAGGAGGAAACAGAGGUUCAACACGUAGAAGCUGUAAAAAGUACCAUGAAGACGAAAGAUCACUUACAAAGGGUUGAACAUGAGAAUUGUGAGUUGAAAGCUAAAGUAAAAGAGCAAGCUAAGAAAAUUGAAGAGCUUCGUGGGUAUCUGCAAAACCCAUGCGAAAAACUGGAACAAAACACAAAACUGACACAGGCAGGAGCUCAAGGAACUGCAGAGGAGUCACGUGAGAACAACAUUCCCCCAGCGAGUCAGACAGGACUCAGAAUCCAAAGUCUGCAGUCUGAAGCCUCCCGACAGAAAACUGUACAAGACCUGAGUACAAGUGCCCCAAACGGUUAUGAGCAACAGUGCAUAGAAGAAUUAAAGAUUAGCAAUGCAUUGUUAUUCGAACGAUACAGAUACAAUUUGUACAGGAAGAGGAGGCUGGGUGAGUCCCGCACACAGGCUCACAUCACGGUGGAGCAGGACACGUCUCCUCUGAACACAUCAGAAAGAAGGCUUGCUCCUGAGAGCCCUUGUGUGGCAAGCACUCGCCCUCACAGACGCCUCUUCCCACGUGAGGCUGUGGCUCUCUCACAGAACCCACUUCCUUCUAACGGCUGCAUGGGAAGCUACCUGAGGAUGUUGGAAGAUGAAGAAAAAUCAAUCAAAGAACUUACAGAACUAAAACAAGCUUUAGAAUAUAAGUUGUAUCAGCAGCAGAAGAGAAAUGAUGAAAUAGAAAAGGAGAUUAUUAGAAUUAAGAAAUUCUUGAAAAUGUCAAAAAAUGUCAAAGAAAUUGGAGAAUGUAGUUGGCAUGGGAAUCCAAAAACUGGUCAUUUUUGA